ACGUUUGUUUCGGAUUUUGCAAAAUCAUUUCUUCGAAGAAUUUCAAUAAAAAUAUAAGUUUUUAAAGAGUUCAAUAAAAUUGUAAAAGGAAUAAAAUAAUAAAUAAAGAUGCCAGACUAUUUAGGUGAUGAUCAAAGGAAAGUAAAAAAAGGAGAAGAGGAAGAGGAAAAAGAAAUUAAAGCUCUGGAUGAGGGUGAUAUAGCCAUUUUGAAAACAUAUGGCCAAACACAAUAUACAAAACAAAUAAAAGUUAUUGAAGAUGAUAUUCAGAAAACCAUAAAACAGGUCAAUGAAUUGACAGGCAUUAAAGAAAGUGACACAGGAUUAGCAGCACCAGCCCUAUGGGAUUUAGCAGCUGAUAAACAAACAUUACAAAACGAACAACCAUUGCAAGUUGCAAGAUGCACUAAAAUAAUUAAUGCCGAUUCAGAUGAUCCCAAGUAUAUUAUCAACGUUAAGCAAUUCGCAAAAUUCGUUGUAGAUUUGGCUGAUUCGGUGGCUCCUACGGAUAUUGAGGAAGGAAUGAGAGUAGGAGUCGAUCGUAAUAAAUAUCAAAUUCAUAUUCCUUUACCGCCUAAGAUAGAUCCCACAGUAACAAUGAUGCAAGUUGAAGAUAAGCCAGAUGUUACAUAUAGUGAUGUAGGUGGAUGUAAAGAGCAAAUAGAAAAGUUAAGGGAGGUUGUCGAAACUCCUCUUCUACAUCCUGAAAAAUUUGUGAAUUUAGGCAUAGAACCGCCAAAAGGUGUUCUGUUGUUUGGUCCACCGGGAACUGGUAAAACUUUAUGUGCUCGAGCGGUGGCAAAUAGAACUGAUGCUUGUUUCAUUCGAGUUAUCGGUUCAGAAUUAGUACAGAAAUAUGUUGGAGAGGGUGCUCGUAUGGUUAGAGAGCUUUUCGAAAUGGCACGUUCAAAAAAAGCUUGUCUUAUAUUUUUUGAUGAAAUAGAUGCUAUUGGUGGAGCACGUUUUGAUGAUGGAGCUGGAGGAGAUAAUGAAGUGCAAAGGACAAUGCUGGAAUUAAUUAAUCAGUUAGACGGAUUUGAUCCUCGUGGCAACAUUAAAGUCCUCAUGGCUACAAACCGCCCUGAUACAUUAGAUCCUGCUUUAAUGCGGCCUGGACGUUUAGAUAGAAAAGUUGAAUUUGGUUUACCUGAUUUAGAAGGUCGUACUCACAUAUUUAAAAUUCAUGCUAGAUCAAUGUCAGUUGAAAGAGAUAUACGUUUUGAAUUACUAGCUCGUUUGUGUCCAAAUUCAACUGGCGCAGAAAUAAGGUCUGUAUGUACUGAAGCAGGUAUGUUUGCUAUACGGGCAAGACGUAAAGUUGCAACCGAAAAAGAUUUCCUUGAGGCUGUUAAUAAGGUUAUUAAGAGCUAUGCGAAAUUCAGUGCGACACCACGAUACAUGACUUACAACUAAACAUUUGAUCAUAUAAAUUAAUUUAAAUUUAUUAAAAAAAAUAAGAAAAAUAAAAUUAAUUUCUUAAAAAAAUUUUACAAGAAA